AAAUCUGCUCUGAAGAAGAAGUUCCAGUGUGUGUUUGAGGGGAUCUCUAAAGCAGGAAACCCAACCCUUCUGAAUCAGAUCUACACAGAGCUCUACAUCACAGAGGGAGGGACUGGAGAGGUCAAUGAUGAACAUGAGGUCAGACAGAUUGAAACAGCAUCCAGGAAACCAGCCAGACCAGAAACAAGCAUCAGACAAGAAGACAUCUUUAAAGCCUCACCUGGAAGAGAUGGACCAAUCAGAACAGUGAUGACAAAGGGAGUGGCUGGCAUUGGGAAAACAGUCUUAACACAGAAGUUGACUCUGGACUGGGCUGAAGACAAAGCCAACCAGGACAUACACUUCACAUUUCCAUUCACGUUCAGAGAGCUGAAUGUGCUGAAAGAGAAAAAGUUCAGCUUGGUGGAACUUGUUCAUCACUUCUUUCCUGAAAUCAAAGAAGCAGGACUCUGCAGGUUUGAAGAGGUCCAGGUUCUGUUCAUCUUUGACGGUCUGGAUGAGUGUCGACUUCUUCUGGACUUCCUCAACACUGAGAUCCUGACUGAUGUUACAGAGUCCACCUCAGUGGAUGUGCUGCUGACAAACCUCAUCAGGGGGAAACUGCUUCCCUCUGCUCGCCUCUGGAUAACCACACGACCUGCAGCCGCCAGUCAGAUCCCUCCUGAGUGUGUUGACAUGGUGACAGAGGUCAGAGGGUUCACUGACCCACAGAAAGAGGAGUACUUCAGGAAGAGGUUCAGAGAGGAGGAGAAGGCCAGAAGGAUCAUCUCCCACAUCAAGACUUCACAAAGCCUCCACAUCAUGUGCCACAUCCCGGUCUUCUGCUGGAUCACUGCUACAGUUCUGGAGGAUGUGUUGAAAACGAGAAAGGGAGGAGGGCUGCCCAAGACCCUGACUGAGAUGUACAUCCACUUCCUGGUGGUUCAGUCCAAACUGAAGAAUGUUAAGUAUGAUGGAGGAGCUGAGACAGAUCCACACUGGAGUCCAGAGACCAGGAAGAUGAUUGAGUCCCUGGGAAAACUGGCCUUUGAGCAGCUGCAGAAAGGAAACCUGAUCUUCUAUGAAUCAGACCUGACAGAGUGUGGCAUCGAUAUCAGAGCAGCCUCAGUGUACUCAGGAGUGUUCACACAGGUCUUUAAAGAAGAGAGAGAACUGUACCAGGACAAGGUGUUCUGCUUCGUCCAUCUGGGUCUUCAGGAGUUUCUGGCUUCUCUUCUCUUCCAUCUGACCUUCAUCAACUCUGGAGUCAAUCUGCUGUCAGAAGAACAAUCAACCUCCCUGUGGUCUAUGCUGUUUAGAAACAAACCUGAUCCAGAACAGUUCUACCAGAGGGCUGUGGACGAGGCCUUACAGAGUCCAAAUGGACACCUGGACUUGUUCCUCCGCUUCCUCCUGGGUCUUUCACUGCAGACCAAUCAGACUCUCCUACGAGGUCUGCUGACACAGACAGGAAGUGGCUCACCGACCAAUCAGCAAACAGUCCAGUACAUCAAGAAGAAGAUUGAAGAGACUCCCUCUGCAGAGCAAAGCAUCAACCUGUUCCACUGUCUGAAUGAACUGAAUGAUCGUUCUCUAGUGGAGCAGAUCCAACAGUCCCUGAGUUCAGGACGUCUCUCCACAGGUGAACUGUCUCCUGCUCAAUGGUCAGCUCUGGUCUUCAUCUUACUGUCAUCAGAAAAAGAUCUGGAUGUGUUUGACCUGAAGAAAUACUCUGCUUCAGAGGAGGCUCUUCUGAAGCUGCUGCCAGUUGUCAAAGCCUCUAACAAAGUUCUACUGAGCAGCUGUAACCUCUCAGAGAGAAGCUGUGAAGCUGUGUCCUCAGUUCUCAGCUCCCAGUCCUCUAGUCUGAGAGACCUGGACCUGAGUAACAAUGACCUGCAGGAUUCAGGAGUGAAGCUUCUGUCUGCUGGACUGAAGAGUCCACACUGUACCCUGGAGACUCUCAGGCUGUCAGGAUGUCUGAUCACAGAGGAAGGCUGUGCUUCUCUGACCUUAGCUCUGAGCUCCAACCCCUCUCAUCUGAGAGAACUGGACCUGAGCUACAAUCAUCCAGGAGACUCAGGAGUGAAGUUGCUGUCUGCUGGACUGAAGGAUCCACACUGGAGCCUGGACACCCUCAGGGUGGAGCCUGGUGGAGUCCGAUGGUUGAGACCAGGUCUGAGGAAGUAUUUCUGUGAACUCACCAUCGACACAAACACAGUAAACAGAAAGAUCAAACUGUCUGACAACAACAAGAAGGUGACACAUGUGGAGGAGGAUCAGUCAUAUCCUGAUCAUCCAGACAGAUUUGACCAGUGUCCUCAGCUGCUGUGUAGUAAUGGUCUGACUGGUCGCAGUUUCUGGGAGGUCGAGUGGAGAGGGGAAGUUGAUAUAUCAGUGAGUUACAGAGGAAUCAGAAGGAAAGGAGACAGAGGAAACUGUUUGUUUGGAGAGAACGAUCAGUCCUGGAGUCUGUUCUGCUUUGAUGGUGGUUACUCUGUUUGGCACAAUAAGAGAGUGACACCUGUCUCCUCCUCUUCCUCUGUCUCUAACAGAGUAGCAGUGUAUGUGGACUGUCCUGCUGGCUCUCUGUCUUUCUACAGAGUCUCCUCUGACUCACUGAUCCACCUCUACACCUUGAACACCACAUUCACUGAAGCUCUGUAUCCUGGGUUCAGGUUCUUGUCGUCUGGUUCCUCAGUGUCUCUGUGUAGAGUGUAG